UGAAUGUUCAUAGUACAGCUAAAGACAGCACUGCUUCAUUCCCUUAACGCGUAAGUUGUGUGGUAACAUAUUCAUGCUACUGCUAUGCCAUUUCUAUCCAAUGCCACAUCACUGAAAGACGUGAACCCCACACACACCAGCUAACUACACAAUAAGCACAACUUGUUAAAGACCUCACACCCUCUCAACGCACCAAUAGACUGCUCCUCUUUCUCUCUAACCAACACCACAACCUCAAUCUCUCCGAGUUAACAACAGCUUAGGUUCCAACAAACAUAACAUCCACCUAUAACAGUGAUCACAAGCAACAAAAGCCACCAUCCUAUAGUAGUAGUGCACUAAAGCACUCUACUUUCUUCAACAACACUCCUCUCUUGCUUGUUAGAGAUGAAAGGGAAAGCAUUGGGUGUCUUUAAAUCCAAGCUUCUCAACCCAUGCAAAAGGCUACUAUUCUUCUUCAGACUUAAACCCAAGAAGCCUGUGUUUAUAAGAGCUCUCAAGUUCCGAGCUCAUAAGUCCUCAUUCCCUAAGGCCUUCCCCAAAAGACCAACAACUAUGUCUUCUUUGUUGCAAUCAGUGUUUCGUUCUCCAAAGAAAUCUAAGCACACAAACACAGUGCAAGGACUCAGGAGUCCCUCCAAUGUUCAUGAAACUCCACUCUUUCCUUCGCCGCUUACACCGGCUUGUACAAAGGCUUGUGAAGUGGAGAAAAGUGAAGAAGGUUCGAGACAAGAGGUGGAAGAUGCCUGCAGGAGUUUUGAGAAUUAUUUGGUGGAGAUGAUUGUGGAAGAAGGGAAGACCAGGGACUUGAUGGAUGUGGAGGAACUUUUGUAUUGUUGGAAGAACCUUAAGUGUCCUGUCUACAUUGAUUUGGUUAGUAGAUUUUAUGGAGAGCUUUGUAAGGACUUGUUUUCUCCUGGCACUGGGGACAGUAACAGUUCCCAGUGAAGGCAUAAGGAGAGAGUGCGAGAGUAAAUAGAUAUUGAUUUAUUAAUUUUCAAUUGAGUGUUCCCACAAAAUUGGAUGUGUGCAAUCUAUAAGUGUAGUAGUUUUUAUGAAAUGAUCCAUCUUGACUUAUUUAUCUCAGUUUUGAUGAAAUAAGACUAUCCCAAAAUCUCAACACCUAUGGUGUUA